AUGCAGACAAGGCAUUCGUGCAAGGAAAUAGCUGCGCUUGAAAGCGUAAUAAUCGAGAUUAUGAGUGACUGCAAUCAAGGUGAUGAUGCAGACGGCAUUGCAAAAGUGUUAGUUGCAAUAAAGAAUGGAAUAUCUGCAUACAUCGAGGAGAUGGAAGAUUACUAUAUGAAAAAGAUACUGUUUAUGGCAGAAACGAGCAAUAAGAAAAUAGACAUGAUGCAGAGAGAGAUUGAUGGUUUAGAGCAAACAUAUCUUGAUUUAUUAGCAAAGGCAUGUGAGAUGAAGAAAGGCAUUCAUGCAUUAUGUUUGAUGAGUGGCAUGAAUAAGUAA